AUCGCAAGAGCGGAACGGAGGCGAAGUGGAGCCCUGUGUGUGGAGCCACUGCAUCAGUCGAUCGCGGCAGGUGCUCACAGGCGGCAGCUGGCCUAAGGAAUCGAACGGAACACUGCCGAAAGCCACCUUUCUUCUUCUUUUUCGGUGUCACUAUUGUUGUUGCUAUCACUGUUACUGUGUUUUUUUUUUCUCUCUCUCGUGGUUUUUUCCGGCUUGUUUUGUUUCUGUGUUUUGUGGCCAAGGCUCCAACUCUAAAGUGUGCCGGCCGUGCUCCGCAAAAAUUUCAAUAUCGGUGUAAAUAUUAGUAUUCGAUUCGCGGCGACAAUCACGUAAAAUGAGGUUGGUCUGUAGCAAGAAGGUCCUUCUAUGGCUGCUGCUGGCAGCCGUGAUGGUGACGGCUCUGACCCUAGGUCUAGUUUUCGGACUCCGGAACCGCGACUCCCGGCUCAUCAGCGGCGCCGUCGUGUCCAAUGGCAUCGGGUGCGCCGACGUUGGCGGUGAUGUACUGAACGAUGGCGGCUCUGCCGUAGACGCCUCCAUUGCCACGCUGCUCUGCGAGGGACUCCUCCUGCCGCACUCCAUGGGCAUUGGUGGUGGCUUUGUGGCCACCAUUUAUACGCGAAGCAGCAGGAAGGUGGAGACGCUGAUUGCCAGGGAAUCGGCACCGGCGGCCGCGCACAAGGACAUGUUCGUGGGACAGUCGGAGAUCACGGGCGCACGGGCGGGCGCUGUGCCCGGCGAGAUCUUGGGCUACUGGGAGAUGCACCGUCGAUACGGUAUCCUGCCCUGGAAGCGUCUGUUCCAGCCGGCCAUCAAGCUGGCCCGCGAGGGUCAUGUCGUUUCCCGUUACCUGGCCUCUGCCAUUCAGUCCAAGCUAACCCAGAUCCGGGCAAAUCCCGGCCUGGCCUCCGUCUUUCUCAAUGAGAAUCAGGAGCCCUGGCUGGAGGGUGACUUUAUGAAACGCACCGUUCUGGCCGAUACGCUGGAGAGGAUCGCCGAAAACGGGGCCAAGGAGAUUUACGAUGGCGGCGAGACGGGUCGCAAGUUCGUUGAGGAUAUCCAGAGCCUGGGCGGAAUUAUCACCGAGCAGGAUCUGCGCGACUUCAAGGUCCACUGGGAGAGCGAUGGACACAUUGCGGCCAAUGUCAGUGGCUCCUACACGCUGUACUCCACCCCAGUGCCAAGCAGCGGACCCCUGCUGGCCUUCAUUCUCAACAUCAUGGGAGGUAUGCACACGGACGACGAGUACAUCUACUGGCAGCGGGCCGUAGAGGCCUUCAAGCAUGCCUAUGGCCAGCGAACGAAUCUGGGCGAUCUGUACGCAGAUCCUAAUAAUGCCGCCUCCAUCAACGCCACCUUGGAGCAGAUGCUGCAGCCGGAGUUCGUGGAGAGCAUCCGGAAGCUCAUCCACGAUGACAGAACCUCGCAGGACUUUGACUACUACGGCGCCAACUUUACGACCGAGGAGGAUCACGGCACUGCCCACAUGAAUGUCCUGGCCCCCAAUGGAGAUGCGGUGUCCAUUACCAGCACCAUUAAUAACUACUUCGGCUCCAAGGUGGCCUCCUUGCAGACGGGCAUCAUUCUGAACGACGAGAUGGACGACUUCUCGACGCCGGGCGUGGUCAAUGGCUUCGGUGUGCCCGCCUCUCCGGCCAACUACAUUUAUCCAGGAAAGCGGCCAAUGUCCUCGAUGAGUCCAGCCAUCAUUGUGGACCAGCAGGGCAAUGUGCGUCUGCUUGUGGGAGCAGCCGGUGGCACCCGCAUCACCACCAGUGUGGCAGGCGUGAUUAUGAAGUAUCUGCUCCGCGGCGAGUCCCUGACGGCGGCGGUGAACAAUGGUCGGAUACACCACCAGUUGGCCCCCAUGCAAGUCAGCUACGAGCAUGAGGUGGACAGCGGCAUUGCCGCCUACCUGGCCAAGGUGGGUCACGUGCUAUACGAGGAGCCCGCCGGCUCCAGCUUCGCCGCUGUGACGGCCAUCGAAGCUCUGGAGGAGCCGGAGCCCUUCUACGAUCGACGUCGCAUCGGCAGCUCGCUCACCAUUGCCAAGAGCAACAAGAUGCAGCACUAGUUCAGGGAUUAGGGAUCGCAGAUCCGAUCCAAUGCCUCCAAGCAGGGCUCGUGAUUUUAUUUAUUAAACCUAGCUUUAAGCGCCUGUAUAUUGCGCGGCUCCUUCCAAGCCCUGUAUAUAAUUGUUAAACUGUAUUUCGAAUAGAAAGUGUUUCUUCGAAGGUAUACAUUUCUUUUUUAUGUAAAUAACGAGCUGUGAAGCCCAAAAUAGCCAAAUAAAGGAAUUUAUAUAUAAAAUUUUA